AUGACGACCGAAUCAGGAUCAGACUCAGAAUCCAAGCCAGACCAGGAGGCUGAGCCCCAGGAGGCAGCAGGGCCUCAGGGACAGCCAGGGGCACAGCCUGGACCAGAGCCUGCCAGCGGAAGCAGUGAGGACCCGCCAGCGCUAGAGCAGUUCCCUGCAGCUGCUGCACAUAGCACCCCGGUGAAGAGGGAGGUCAGCGACAAGGACCGGGACUUCGCCGCUGCAGCUGCGAAACAGCUUGAGUAUCAGCAAUUUGAAGACGAUAAACUCUCUCAGAAAUCAUCCAGCAGCAAACUCUCACGGUCCCCACUGAAGAUCGUGAAGAGGCCUAAAAGCAUGCAGUGCAAAGUGACACUUCUGGACGGGUCGGACUACGGCUGCGACGUGGACAAACGCUCCCGAGGACAAGUGCUGUUUGACAAAGUGUGCGAGCAUCUGAACCUGCUAGAAAAGGAUUAUUUUGGUCUCACGUAUCGAGAUGCUGAAAAUCAGAAGAAUUGGUUGGACCCCGCUAAGGAAAUUAAAAAACAGAUUCGAAGUGGUGCUUGGCAUUUUUCAUUUAAUGUGAAAUUUUACCCACCAGACCCUGCCCAGCUAUCAGAAGACAUCACCAGGUACUACCUCUGCUUGCAGCUACGCGACGACAUAGUGUCUGGAAGGCUGCCCUGCUCCUUUGUGACUCUCGCCCUGCUGGGCUCCUACACUGUGCAGUCAGAGCUCGGAGACUAUGAUCCCGAUGAAUGUGGAAGUGACUACAUCAGUGAGUUCCGCUUUGCACCAAACCACACGAAGGAACUGGAGGAAAAAGUGGUUGAGCUGCACAAGAGCCACAGAGGAAUGACGCCAGCAGAAGCAGAGAUGCAUUUCUUGGAAAAUGCCAAAAAGCUCUCCAUGUACGGGGUAGAUUUACAUCAUGCCAAGGAUUCGGAGGGAGUAGAAAUUAUGUUAGGAGUCUGUGCAAGUGGUCUGUUGAUAUACCGUGACCGGCUUCGAAUAAACAGAUUUGCUUGGCCCAAGGUCCUAAAAAUUUCAUAUAAACGGAACAACUUUUACAUUAAAAUCCGGCCAGGAGAGUUUGAACAGUUUGAAAGCACCAUUGGGUUCAAAUUGCCAAACCACCGCGCUGCCAAGCGCCUCUGGAAAGUAUGUGUGGAACACCAUACAUUUUUCAGACUAUUGCUACCAGAAGCACCUCCAAAGAAAUUCCUGACCUUGGGCUCCAAGUUCCGUUACAGUGGCAGAACUCAGGCGCAAACGAGAAGAGCCAGCGCAUUGAUAGACCGCCCAGCGCCUUACUUCGAACGCUCGUCCAGCAAACGUUACACCAUGUCUCGAAGCUUGGAUGGAGCAUCAGUGAAUGAAACCCAUGAAAUGUACAUGAAGGACUCUAUGUCUGCUGCAGAGGUUGGCACAGGCCAGUACGCCACAACAAAGGGCAUCUCUCAGACCAACUUGAUCACCAGUGUGACUCCAGAGAAAAAGGCCGAAGAGGAGCAUGGUGAGGAGGAGGACAGAAGGAGGAAGGCCGAGGAAGCCACCCCUGUCACAGCCCUCCGGCACGAGGGAAAGUCACCCGGGCAUGGCGCCGCUGACUCAUGUCCCUUGUCACCCCCAUCAGCCCAUCUUGAUCCCGCAUCUCCCACAGAGCUCCGCAGGAGGUGUAAGGAGAACGAAAGCCCCUUGGCAGCGUCCGUGCUGCCCAACGCUGAGCCAGCCUCGGCGUCUGACGGCCAGGGGAAGGCUUGCUUAGGGGACCAGGAUGUGGCAUUUAGUUACAGGCAGCAGACUGGCAAAGGAACCACGCUGUUUUCCUUCUCCUUGCAGCUCCCUGAGUCAUUCCCCUCGCUCCUGGAUGAGGACGGGUACCUCUCCUUUCCCAAUCUGUCUGAAACCAACCUCCUACCCCAGAGCUGGCAGCAGUUCCUCCCCAUCCGCUCGCCCUCACUCCUGCCCUGCUUCCUGUUCAUUUUCUUCUUCCUGCUGUCUGCCUCCUUCUCUGUACCUUACGCCCUCACUCUCUCCUUCCCUCUGGCUCUGUGCCUCUGCUACCUGGAGCCCAAGGCGGCCUCCUUGAGCGCCUCCCUAGACAAUGACCCGAGUGACAGUUCAGAGGAAGAGACUGACAGUGAACGGACAGACACCGCAGCUGAUGGGGAAACCAGUGCCACUGAGUCGGACCAGGAGGAAGAUGCAGAGCUCAAGGCACAGGAGCUAGACAAAACCCAAGAUGAACUGAUGAAGCACCAGACCAACAUCAGCGAGCUGAAAAGAACCUUCCUGGAAACCUCUACAGAAACGGCCUUAACAAAUGAGUGGGAAAAGAGACUUUCCACGUCCCCUGUGCGACUGGCGGCCAGGCAGGAGGAGGCACCCAUGAUCGAGCCACUUGUACCUGAGGAGACUAAACAGUCUUCUGGGGAGAAACUCAUGGAUGGCUCGGAGAUCCUCAGUCUGUUAGAGUCGGCCCGGAAACCCACAGAGUUCAUAGGAGGGGUUUCAUCUACUACCCAGAGCUGGGUGCAGAAACUGGAAACAAAGACAGAGUCCAUCGAAACUGAGGUGGAAUUGACCCCACACUCCCAGCCCCUCAGCACUGAGAAGGUGCUGCAGGAAACCGUGUUGGCGGAGGAGAGGCGCAUCGAGAGUGUGCAAGGCAGUGGAGAUGCUUGUCACACAGCCGGGGAUGCCGUGGAUACAGCAGAGACCACACCCUCAGAUCUUCACAGUGCGAAAGGGAAGGAGGGCUGUUCUGUGACAGAAGCAGCUAAGGAAGAGAGAGGAGAGGAGGCUGACAAAUCUGUCCCCGAGCAGGAACAGCCAGCCACAGUCUCCCAUGAGGAGGAGCAGGUGGCAGCCACGCACCCUUCUGAGGCUUUGGAACAAAAGUCUCAUUUUGAGUCCUCCACUGUGAAGAUGGAGACCGUGAGUGUGGGCAGUGUUUCUCCAGGAGGAGUGAAGCUAGAGAUCUCUACCAAGGAAGUGCCAGUAGUUCACACAGAAACAAAAACCAUCACAUAUGAGUCAUCACAGGUUGACCCUGGGGCAGACCUGGAGCCAGGUGUGCUGAUGAGUGCACAGACAAUCACAUCUGAAACCACGAGUACCACCACCACCACACACAUCACCAAAACUGUGAAAGGAGGUAUUUCAGAGACGAGAAUCGAGAAACGAAUAGUGAUCACAGGAGAUGCUGACAUCGACCACGACCAGGCGCUGGCUCAGGCAAUUAAAGAGGCCAAAGAGCAGCACCCCGACAUGUCAGUGACCAAAGUAGUGGUCCAUAAAGAGACAGAAAUCACACCAGAAGAUGGAGAGGAUUGA